UGUUUAAAGGACUCCGUCCCAUAAAAUAAUAUAUAUUUUUUAAAAUUAAAUUUACAAACCAAGUUCCGUAUUUGUUUGUGCAACAACGGUGCAGUGAACGCAGUGAAGCCCGUUUAAAUGUCGAAAACCGCAAGUAAUGUGAAUACCACCACCACCAGCAGCAGCAACAAAACAAGAAGAGAAGUAACAAAACUAAGUCGAACUGAAGCAACCGGUACGAGUCGCUCCACAACAAAACCAGCAACCACAGUCAAGCGAAGUACCGAUGAAAAAGAGAAGCUACGUACAGCUAAAACCACCCUAAGCAAAACAAAUGAGAUCCGAAAAUCGGUGGCAGUAAAGCCACCAAGCAAUGAAAGGUCCACGGGGCGGACCACAACCUCUAAGGCAGCCACAACUAAGCCCUUGGCCACCAAAUCUCAGAUAAAAGCCCCAAACACUACAGCGACAUCUACCAAGACAAACAGUAGAGUAACCGCCAACCAACCCCAGCAACCACAACAACAACAACGACGUGUUACCAAGGUUUCAAAAUCCCCCUCCGUUUUAGGUUCUCCGGUCACCACACCUCGACAGCCUUUACGUGCCAAACACACCCCGGAAAUCAAGGAGGCAGUGAAGAGAAAUGCCAUAGCCAAGACAAGUUCGGCGGCCACAGUUCCACCUAAACCAAAUGCCGUAUUGGAUACCCAUUCCAAUGUCACCAUUGCAUCGCCACCACCUAAAAGAAAAAAUGAGGUCCAGAAACCCCAGGAGGAAGUUCACGAAGAAGAGCUAUCUAAGCCAAGCAAACUAACUCGCAAAGGCAGUCGUGUCCUGGCGCCCGACGAAAUUGUGGUACUGAAACGAGAGUCGGCCAAAAAACGCAGCGAGGAGCAAAUUCGACGCGAUAGUGUGGUCCAAUUGGAACCUAGACCUGUAGUGGCGCCCAAAGAGCCUGUGGCCUUUGAGGUGCCAUUUAAUGAGAGACAAAAGACCGCCAGAGAGAGAAGUAAAACGGAAAAUUCUGAGGAGGGUCACAGUAAAAGAGAACGUUCCACUUCGAGAGUUCGACAGCCGAAAGAAACCAAAAACCAGGAGAAGGGAGAGGAAGAGGAAACGGAGAUAAAUUACUCCGAUGAUUUUGAUUCGUAUGAAUCGGAUUUUGAGACGGGAUCUUCGAGGAAAUCAUCCGGCCCCAGCAGUGUUAGUAAUACCGCAAGUGAUGAAGAUGAGGAGGAGGGGGAGGAGGAGACUACUUCCCUAAAUGAAACCUCUUCAGAGGAAGAAGAAUGCUCCGGUGACAAAAUUCUAGACUCCGAGGAAGAGGAGGAAGACUCCGAAAUAACCCAAGAUCCCAUUACGGUACUGCAACGGGACAAAGAACGCAAACUCGACUCGGGCCACUAUGAAUUGAACUCCCGACGCAAUCCCAAAUUGGCUGACAUACCCAAUCAAUCUACCCAAAAUUUGGUGGAUAGUUUUGAAACCUUUAGCCUCAAUGCCUCGGAUCAAUUGGAUUCGGGUAUUUCGGCAUAUGGUCCUUCAACGCUGACAAAUAUCUCAAAGGGUAAUUUUCAAAUCUUCUAUGGAGGCUACAAAGAUUUCCUCCGGAAACCCAUACACAACAAACGGGGUGAGGAUCUAAUGGCCAAGAUACAACUGGACACGCUGGAAUUUCAGCUGUUCGACAUGAAACCCAUAUCCUAUGAUGUUUUCAUGCAAACCUUCGGUAAACUGAAUACCUAUCAAAGUUCCACCCAGACCCAGGAUAAUCUCAUGAGUACGGAGUCGCAGACGGACAACUGGGAAAUGCGUUCAAUGUGGACCCAACAUCCGGCCCAGUAUGAUUGGGAAAUGGUAAAACAGCUGACCACAAAUGUUAAGGGUUCGAUUCUCGGGGGUGGGGUUUUGGGCCAGAACUGUUGUGGGGAAUUGGAGGAUGAAAAUGAUAUCAAAACAUCCUCUCAAGAUGAACUGGAAAGAAGUUUGGAGGCCUUGAAGUUGUGGGAGAAUCAAAAAUCUCUAAGGAAGUUUCAAAAUCAAGGUCGGAUUCUUCGAAAACCCAUAGAUUAUGAGGGGCUCAACAGUUUCCUUUUGAGAUCCUCCAUGGUGAUAAAUCAGAUUCUGGGCUCGACGCUGCGGGAAAACCAUUCUGAUUCGGAUGCCCAGCAAUUGGGCCACCUGGAGCGCAUUGUGGACUCCCGCCAUGAAUUGGAUAGCAAUUUCCUGAACACCCUAAGGGUGGUGAGAAUUUUUUCCAAUUCCAAACACAAUUUGGUCAUUACCGUCCAUGAAUCUCUACCCGAAACGGAUGUCUAUAAAUCGGAUUUUGCCCAACUUCUAAUGGUUUGGUGUGUCAAUGUCAACGAUAAACCCAAUCGUUUACUUUCCACCUGGAGUCAGGUGUCCCGGGUGGAGAUAUCCAAUGACAGUGCUGAUAUUGUGGUGGCCAGCUUGAGGGAUGGUUCGGUGGCCAUGUGGGAUUUAAGAGAAACCUAUUCAUUUUGUUCGAAACUGGAUGGUUAUCUGACACAUUUUGCAGCUACCCAAUCAAUUGUGCCUUCGUUUGAAGGGGUGCAGGAUAGAGGGGAGAUCCUUAUGGAUUAUGGUUCCUGUUUGGAUGUGAGGAGUUUUAAAACGGCCAACAAUAAUUGGGCGCUGGCCAAUGUCAACGGAAGCCGGACAAAGUCGCAGUUCGUAUCCCUGCAUGACUCCGGCCUGCUAACCGUAUGGACUUUGGUGGAUAGUUCCGAAGUACCCACCAAUCCCCUGGAAUCGAAGCCCAAUGAAAAACUCAAAAAUUACUCAAAACUACAACAGAAAUUCGGCUACAGUUCACCGUGGGCCCGGGUCAAACUCAUACAAAGUUCGGUGGCAUAUCUCAAGGAUUAUAUUGAAACGAAAAAUCUACAAUCCCUUUCGCGUUUCGACAAAACCAAGGCUUUGUUUCAGAAGAAUAUCUACAGUGAUGAGGCGCUUAAGGAGUUAAAUGAAAACACCAACACCGAUAUGGGUUCGCUGGGUCUGCGAUUUACCAGCCUGGAAUGUGGCAGCGAGAAUAUUUUCGUUUGUACCAAUCGUAACUUCAUUUUGAUGUGUUCCAAGACCCUUAAAGCUGAGAGGUUUCGGCGCAUAAUUUUGCAUGAAAGCAGGCUGCUGUUCCCCACCGCCUUGAAGGUAUUGACCAAUGAAAAUUUCUUGGCCGUGGGUCUGUCAAAUGGUGGGGUAAUGAUAUUGAAUUGUGCCCUCAACAAGCAAAUGCCGAAAGCCGGCGGGGCGAAAUGCAAAACUCCUGGUACACCAUUCCCGGGACAAUCGCAUGACAACAAUUCACCGCCAGAUUUUGAUAAUCUAACGGGGAAGUCAUGUGCCAUACAAAAUAUUGUGUUAAACUCCCAAAAGUCCUAUGACAGCAUGGAUUUCAAUAGUUCCUCGAAUGAUGUGGAAUUUCGCCCGGACACCGCCGCCUUUGUGGCCCUAAUUGACACAAAUCGCAAACCAUUCGAAUUGAGAAUCUACGAUCAACAAAUCGUCUUGGCCGGUUCGGUAUUGCGACGGAAUUUAAUACAAUCUUUGGAGUUGUCUUCGGAUGGCUGGCGCCUCUUUGCCUUGAGUAAUGGCCGGCUGCGUAUCUAUGAUUUCUAUUUGGAACAGGAAAUCGUCGAGGGGGAUGAGGAGGGAAGUGGUGCUACUUUGGAUAUUGGUUGCGCUAGAACUAAUCAAAAUGAAAUGAAUUUAAUUACCUUGGAGCGGGAGUCGAAAGUGCAUGUUUAUGUUUUAAAGAAGUAGAGUUAAGAGGUGAGGAAUUGAGGCGGAAACACAUAAGAGGCAUGGCAUUGUUGUGAGGGUAAUUUGAGGUGAAAAAAUUAAAGUUCUAAACUGAUAAGAGGAUUUUUUCAUCAGCUGGUAUUUAACGUUAAAUAACAGGCAUUUAGGGUGAACUAAUUCGAAGUUGGUCCAUAAUCCAAACUAGAUAUCCCUACAUGUCAUUGUUAUUAAAAGCCAGCAUAUGACUUAAGGUGAGAAUACAUAAAAGGCUUUUUUGACAGGCAUAAGUCAUCGGCUGACUUCUUCGUAGAUGAACAAAGGAACUUUAGGUUGACUUAGAUCGAUUUUGGCCCUAUGCUCCUUUGUUCCAUGGUAGAAGAAUAUAGGUAGACGCAUCGACACAGCUGCUGGGACAAUGAACUGUCAAACCAAUUUUGCAAUUGAAAAUGUUGAAUGAAAAAUUAUUUAAAUUUUCAAAAAUUGUUGAAAAAACGAGGAUUAUAAUAACCCACGAAUGACGUCGUAUAAGAAAACAUAUAAAAAAUCUACUUAUAUUUGAAAAAAAAAAAAAAUACAAUUUUUUGACAUAUCAAUGCUCUCAAGCGUUGAUGCAUCUACCUGUAUUCUUCUUCCAUACUUUGUACUUUUCCGAAGAAGCCAGCCGAUGACUUAAGCCAGUCAAAAAAGUGUGAACUAGAACUAGGGUGAACUAGUUCAAAGUCGGUGUAUUAUCGGAACUAGAUAUCCCUAAAUUCCACAAUUAUUAAAAGUCAGCAGAUGACUUGUAACAGCUUAAAAGUGCAGAUACAUAAACAGAUUUUUUCUAGCUUAAAGUCAUGGUAGAAUUAAUAAUUUCUUUUCAAAAUAAUCCAUUUGACAACAUGCUAUUGUCGAAAUGCGUAUUCAUAAAUCCAUUGUAUUUACACAAAUCAGAGAUGGGAACCUGUUCUUUUUUGCUGUGAAAUUUGACAAGGUAAAUUACAGAAAAUGCAGGCAUGGAUAUUCUUAUUUGAAAUGACUUUAUCUUCUUCAUUUUACCAUACUUAAAGGUGAGAACACAUAAACCGCUUUUUUGACAGGCUUAAGUCAUCAACUGGCUUCUUUGUAAAAUGAUAAGAAAACGUGAAAACGAGGGUGAACAAAUAUUAAUAACGCGCCGAAAUUGAACUAAGUCAACCUAAAACUUAUUUCUUCUUUUACGAAGAUGCCAGCCGAUGACUUACAAAGAAGCCAGCCGAUAAUUUAAGCCAGGAAAAUAAGCUCUUUAUGUAGCUGUACCUUGAAGGGCUUUUUUAUAGACUUAUGCCAUGUUUACGUUAGAACUUUUUGUAGGGUUAACCUACUUUGAGAGGAUUUAUUUGAAAUAAAAGUAAUGGAUAUGACAAUUUAAAUCCAAACCCAUUGGGUUAACCCUCAUAUGUAUAAACGUACUGUUAUGCCAUCGACUGACUUCUUCGUAAAAUAACAAGGAUGUUUUAGGUUGCCUUAGAUCGAUUUCGGCUCAUAAUGUAUACUUUACGUAGAAGCCAUGGUAGAAGAAUUUAGGUAGACGCAUCGACACAGCUGCUGGGACAAUGAACUGUCAAACCAAUUUUGGAAUUGAAAAUGUUGAAUUAAAAAUUAUUUAAAUUUGUAAAAAUUGUUUAAAAAACGCGAAUUAUAAUAGCCUCCGAAUGACGUAGUACAAGAAAACAUAUAAAUAUCUACUUAUAUUUGAAAAAAAACAUUUAAAUUUUUUUACAUAUAAAUCCUCCCAAGCGCUGAUGCAUCUACCUGUAUUCUUCUGCCACGGUAGAAGCUUGGGAACAUUGAUAUGUCAAAAAAAUUGAAAGAUUCCUUCAAAUAUAAGUCGAUUUUUAUACGUUUUCUUAUACGACAUCAUUCGGACGUUAUUACAGUUCGCGUUUUUCAACAAUUUUUACAAAUUUAAAUUAUUUCUCAUUCAACUUUUUUUUAUUCCAAAAUUGGUUUGAAAAUUCAUUGUCCCAGCAGCUGUGUUGAUUGGUCUACCUAUAUUCUUCUACCCUGGUAGAAGCCAACAGCUGACUUAACCUAGUGAAAAAAUCCUCCUAUGUAUUAAAACCUUUGGAAGCUUUUGGAUUAGGUAAACCUAUAUUUAAAUAGCCAAUUCCAGUGCCUAUAAGUCAAAUAAAUCCUCAUCAAAGUUAACCCUCCAAAAAAGUUAACUCAGCAAAAAAAAAAUCUUGAAUCUACACAUUCGCUAUACCAAAAUAAAUUCUGAAAUGUUUUUCGGUCUUUGGAAUAUAAUUUAGAUCGUGCUUGUCUUUUAUUCGUUUGAGACUUAAGCCAUAAUGCCAUGCUUCUCAUGUGUUUCCGCCUUUAAUUAUCGA